GGAUUGAAUCCCUCUCAGUGUGAAAAUAGUUACUAUUUGRUGUUCAUGAUGAGUCAUUUGCUGCCUUCAAUGAGAGGUAUGCACACGCAUGGGCCAGCAGUAGUUGGUGCAUGCACCYGCAAAAAUCAGAAAGUUAAAGCCAAAYGUCCCAGGUGUCUGGAACCAUGUCAAUUUUAAUUUCUUUCUUUGGAGAAUUUCAAUUCUCUAGUCCCCCUUCUUAUUUGAUUGUCUGAUCAAUUUUGAUCACAAAAAWAUGUGAUCAGAUCUGAUCACAAAAUUGUUGAAUUUCUUGAUCACAAUUUUUUAUUAUCAAAAUUGAUAACAUUUGUUUCAACAGACAACAAUUCAUAUAUAUUAUUCUUACAUGAAUAGUAUUAUAAUCACCACAUGCACAUAAUUACUACUAGGAAGAAGGCAUACUACUACUACUACUACUAGUAGUAGUAGUAGCAGUAGUAUGUACUUACAGGCAGGACUGGUGGGGCCACUAUUACUAGUGCGGUACUACUACUACUACUACCUUGUGUAAAAUAGUAUUCUUGUUAUUAAUUUAUUUAGAUAUUAAUAUCUACUAGUGGUACUAUUUUUAAUAGGGCUACUACUAGUAGGAAACCAGUUAAAAUUGAUCACAAAAAAAUGAUCACAAAUUUGUUAUUUCUGAUCAGAUUUUUUUGUCAUCAAAAUCGAUCACAAUUUUCGGUACCAGGAAGGGAUGCCUGGGAAUCUAAUCAUUUCCCYWAAGAUUGAGAUCGACAUGGUUCCUGUCGAGUCGUUUUAAGUCGAGUCCCGCCUUCUUCGCUUCUGACCCAAAAACAUGACGAAAUACUACCCGUACGUUUCGUGCUGCCAGUAUUACUCGUACGUAUCGGUACGGACCAGAUAACAAAGCAACGGGUACGACUACAUACCGGUACCGGUACCAGUAAGUACGAACGGUCCGACAGUACAGCCAGCACCAGCACCGAAUUGCAAUUGGUAUGGUGUCAGCUCGAGUUGUACUCCUACUCCGGUACCGGCCGGUACGAGAUUCUGUUCCGUUUUCUCGUCUACCGGUACAAUCGAGGCAGAUUUGGAUUUUUCUCCUCAGGUUUUGCUCAUGAGCAAGAAGUCAGCACUGUCCAUCUCUCCUCAAACGAAAUCACAUCAUACGACCACAUUCGUGCUCUCCUUAUAUUUCARCAGCGCAAAGAAACAAGGAUUUUAUGAUGUCUGCUGCCCCAUUUCUCUGGGCUGCASCCCUUGUUUUUUUGGCAUGUCUUUCUUGUAKGAAUACCUCCGCUUUCACCAGUGAUUGCUGUUACGGUCGCCAGCGCCUUCAAAUAUAUGCGGCGAACGAAGGAGAGAAUGUCGAUCCUGAUUUAUUCGAGUACUUCGACCCUUUGCUAUCCCCACAUGCCUACCCUUCAGGCAUUUCGCCCGAGAAUAAACCAGCCGUGAACAAUGACAAAGUCCAAGAAGAACGAAAACGGGAACCAGCACCGUCAUACAAAGGAAAAAGCUUUGGCUUCAAUUUGCCAGUCAAUGAUGUGAACCAACCCAAUGAAAGUGGUUCUACGCCKAAAGCCAGAAAUGAGGAAAAGAGUGAAGACGAUCUUUUUGAUUAUUUUGACCCCUUGCGCAGUCCACAUUCAUAUCCAGAUGGUAUCAAAUCAAAGCAGGAGUCGAUGGCAUCCAUGAAGGCACCACCUGCAGCCCUAGAUAUUGUGGAAGACCCUGUGAGCAUCGGGGCAGCCAGUUCUAGCAACRAUGKCAAGAAGAAAAAGGUUGGUGUCCUCCUGAUGGAUCACGGCUCCAGAAAGGAAAAGAGCAACGCCCGACUCCAGGAAAUGGCAAGACUCUACCAACUGACACUUGAACAYAACGAAGACGAGGAUGACGAAAACACAACGACCGAGAUCAUUGUUCGGGCAGCUCACAUGGAGAUUGCCUUGCCAUCAAUUCCCGAUGGCUUGAAAGAGUUGAAGGAUUUGGGAGUYGAUGAAAUAGUAUGCCACCCGUUCUUUCUCAGCGCCGAUGGACGACACGUGAAGGAGGACAUUCCUCAAAUAAUUGGGGACGCAAUCGAAGAUAUUUGGGGAGAAAGUACYGGAGCCAAGAAAAUUCCAAUCACUACCACUGCACCAGUUGGAUCCAACACUCAAUUGAUGCUUGGUGCCAUCCACUCAUUGGUCCGUGAAAACUCCCAAAUUCUGAAUACUCGCUCCGGAGUGAAUAACCAAUAAACAUGCGAACUUCCAUUGUCYCAUGRCAUGAUCAUUUCUUGGUGCUUGAUUGCAAYUGCUGCCAGUAUCAUGCCACCAAUAUGUACACUACAUAGUCUAGACUAAUUUCAAACAAAC